GCUAUAUCUACCUGCUACUCUAGCUGUUCUAUCUGCUCUAGCUGCUCAGUACUGUUGACCAUGGCUGUAGACAGAAAGAGAAAACGGGCUCACUCCUCAGACCCAGAGCAAGAGCUAGAGGCCAACUUGUCCACCACAUCAGGCACUCCUGCAGACCAGGAAGCUACCAUCUCGGCCUCCAUGCUCAAACAAGAAGAACAGCUACAAAAAUCCAACAAGUCCAAAGCUGGCAAUACAAAACAAGUCAGAGAAAUCGCUAGUAUGGAAGAAUCAGCGCGUGUGAAUCGACUUAAAUUCCUGAUUGAAAAGUCAAAGAUUUAUACCUCCAUCUUGAGUGAGAAGCUGUUGAAGCAGCAAGACAUCUCUCGCUCUCGUGGAGAAGCGAUCGAUUCUGCUGUACCUCCACUUGCAAAAGAAGGGAGUGGCAAGGCGAGACCAGGCAAGAAGAGAAAGGCUGCCACCGAUACGGCUGAUGUGGCAACAGCCCUGAAUGAGGCAAAACAAGACAGUGCCAAGUCACAUGGCAGCAAAUCGAAUGGAAAUUCAGCAGCACCUCAACAGUCUGCUAGACAGCCAGCCUUGAUCACUGGCGGUGUCAUGCGUGACUACCAACUCGAUGGACUCGAAUGGAUGGUCUCCUUGUAUGAGAAUGGCCUAAAUGGAAUUCUUGCAGACGAGAUGGGCUUGGGCAAAACACUUCAGACAAUUGCCUUUCUCGCCUUUCUUCGCAGUAAAGGCGUCAUGGGACCAUUCCUCAUUGCUGCCCCUCUCAGUACGAUUGCCAAUUGGGUGAAUGAGGUGCGUCGCUUUGCGCCAGAGAUACCUGUGCUCUUGUAUCAUGGCAGCAAAGAUGAACGUGCAAGGAUGCGUGCCAAGAAGAUGGCCAAAGUUGGGGAGAAGUUCCCCAUCAUCGUGACCAGCUACGAAAUCAUCAUGAAUGACCGCAAAUUUCUGCAAAAGUACCAGUGGAAGUACAUUGUCGUCGACGAAGGACAUCGGUUGAAGAAUCUCAAUUGUAAGCUCAUCAAGGAAUUACGAUCCUAUUCAACAGCAAAUAGAUUGCUGCUCAGUGGCACGCCUCUCCAGAACAACCUCUCUGAGCUCUGGUCACUCCUCAACUUUCUUUUACCAGACAUCUUUUCCGACCUCGACUCCUUCCAGUCUUGGUUCGACUUUUCGUCCCUUGAAUCCGACAAUGCAGAAGGUGGUCAAGACAUGCUCGCCAAUGAAGAACAGUCAUCCGUCAUCACCAAUCUCCAUCAAAUCUUGAAGCCCUUUUUGCUGCGCCGUCUCAAGGUUGAAGUUGAAAAGGACCUACCUCCGAAGCGCGAGUAUUUGCUCUAUGCGCCCAUGACUGCGGAGCAAACUGCUCUUUACAAAGCAGUAUUGGACCAUCAAGUCCGUGCUUUCUAUGAUGAAGACGGUGCAGAGCAGACAGUAGCGAAUCUCGACGUUGACGCACCGCGUGGCAAACGCACGCGCACACGCAUGCCACAAAGAGAGCUUUCUGACGACGAAUACUUUGAUUCACUUGAACAGCAAGCAGACACGCCCACAACGACCGCAUCAACGCCAAAGGGAAAGUCUACUAAAGCAAUGGCUGGCUUUGACUACUCAAAGCUACGCAACAUGUUGAUGAGUCUACGAAAGGUAUGCAACCACCCGUACCAGAAUCAUUGGCCGGUUUAUCCUGGCACUGAUCGCUAUGUGGUGGAUGACAAGCUCUGCACAGCUUCUGGCAAGAUGAUGCUGCUCAAACGACUUCUCACCGCAUUGCUAGAAAAGAAUCACAAGGUUCUCAUCUUUUCCCAAUUUACAACCAUGCUCGAUAUCAUUGAAGUCUGGCUUGAGGAUAUGAUGGACCUGAAGGUAUGUAGGAUUGAUGGCAACGUCGAUCAGGAAUCUCGGCGUGAGCAAAUCGCGGCUUUCAAUGAGCGUGAAGACCAUAAAGUCUUCUUGCUCAGUACACGAGCUGGUGGUCUCGGGAUCAAUCUCGUCUCUGCAGACACGGUCAUUCUAUUUGAUUCUGACUUCAACCCGCAAAACGACUUGCAAGCCAUGGACAGAGCUCAUCGUAUUGGUCAGAAACGACCCGUGAUUGUCUACAGAUUUGCCUCUGCCAAUACCAUCGAAACAAAGAUCUUGCUGCGCGCGCAAAAUAAGAGGCGUCUGGAGAAGGCUGUUAUUCGUCGUAAUUCACUGCUCAAUCAAAGUUCAAUCAUGGAGAUGAAGGACAUCCUCCUGAGUGAGGAUGCUGAAAAGAUUCAAAUCACGUCUGGUGAUGAUGAAGUGUUGAGUGAGCAGGAUCUGGAGAAGCUGCUUGAUCGCUCGGAAGCCGCCUAUCAGCAUAAUUACGCUGGCGAUAAAUUCAAAGCCAUGGAAACGAAGCGUGAUGCAGAGAAUGACGCCCUGGCGUCGCACUAGUCAUGUUGUAAUGGUUGUCAGAUGAUGUUUGUACUAUACUGUAGUCUAUCGCUAGACUGACAUGGU